GCGCAUUAUAGGGGCGGAACAGAGGGCGAACGCACUUUCUCUUGUAGUCUGACUCGGUGAAAGUAUUUCUUACGCAUUUAUACAUUCAGAGUACCGAAAUAUCUGUUACUCUAUCAGAACCACACCUACAGGAUGAUAAGAUUGACCUUUUCAAAGAAUCGUGACGACUGCAAAUUAUUCGAUGUAAAUUAUAACGUGUUUAUUCGACACAUCUUGUGUCACUUAUAGCGGUAGCCUAAAGCAGAUUACAAAAUCGUAACGUAACAAUUAAUUGUUAAGAAAAUUGCGAUUACACGAGAUUUGUUAUGCUUUCGUUUCGGUUUUACCUCGUUUAACUUUGGCGUUAAAUUGAAUCUUUGGAAUCGAUCAGCGAUACGAAAAUAUCGAUAAGAUGAAAUUAUGCGAAAAGUAUGCAAAGUGUAAAUGAACUGCACGCUUCGUUUAACAAUGAGAAAAGAGAGGUCGAUAAACCUGUAAUUUGAGGAAAGAAGAAAUGGAAAGAAAGUGAAUGACGAAUGUUGAAACAGUCUUGUCGAUCGUUCCCCGAUUUCCGUUUGGUUAAAACAAUGACCUUCAAUAUGAGUCUCUGGAAAGAAAGUCCGGACGAUCCGUUUCCAUACGAUUUUCAUAAAUUACAUGCUAGGCAGCGCGUUGAAUUCGAGGAUUCACACCGUUGGCGAGUCGAAGAAUUGAAAAAGGAAAAAGAUGGAAAGUUUUUAAUUACAAGUGAUCAUGACUUAUGACUCCAUUGUCCCCGUGUUUUGAUACAGGUCUCGCGGUAAAAACUGGUUUCAUUCAUGAUUUGUUAAUUUUACGAGAGAAGUUGCAGCCUACUUUCGACGAUACAAUGGCACACUUCGAAACUCGCGAUUUAGGUGAAAAGCAAUUAAACGUGCGUUUAUGUGCAGUGCGGUUAUAAAAGAAACGUGAACCUGAACUAGAAGAAUAGAAAGGACGAGUCGAAUAAGGAAUCUGCAGGUGCUGAACGAAGGAAUAAAAAUUGGUCGUUGCACGUCGGAAUUGAAGUCACGUUCGACGAAUGCGAAUAAAGCUGUGAUGUAAAAUUGUCGACCUACUACCGAAAGGAAAUUUUCGUGUGACGCGUGGUAGAAAGCCAUUUCACUCGUUCCCAUUGAUGAUGGACCAAAGUUUUUGGAGAACACGUUCAGCUAUUCAUACGAGAGAUUGUCUCCCACUACCCCAAAACGAAACGAGAUAUUACAUGGUGGAGGUAACUUUCAGCGAGACAUGCUAUAUAAGAGAAUGGAGAACCGGCCGGCCAAGAUAAAGCUUGAGUGUUGUCAAUUCGUUCGUCGUGCUGUUACUCCUCUACCUUCGUCGUUGACAGAAUGCAUUGGUUGUGUCUGGCAGCGUUAGCUGCAACCGUGGCAGCUCAAGGGUCCUACGAUCUGGACCCAAGAGUGUCAUUCACCGGAAAAUCAUCGAGCUUGGGACCACUGUACUCGUCGGGCCUGGGUGGUCAAGGUUUCCGCGACAACAGCUAUGAAGAUAACAUCGUAACACCUACACCGUCUCCGUCGCCUUACAGGACUCCCAACAGUCAAGCACCGUUGUACCGGAAACCAUCUGGGGCGAUUGAUCAGACGGCGAUUAGGGUGAAUGGACCACCACGGGGAGGCAUUGUUCGAGCGGGACAGAAUCCUCGGGCCGAGGUUGAGGAACUGGAGGAAAAGGAGGAGCCCGAUCGUUUGACCCUUCUUCUGCCGCAAAGCAAAUUCGAUUGCGUGAACAAGCAGACCGGAUAUUACGCCGACGAGGAUCUCAACUGUGAAGUCUUCCAUUACUGUCAGGAUAACGCGAAACAUUCAUGGAUCUGCCCUGAAGGGUUCACCUUCCAUCAGGUUCACUUAAUCUGCAUGCCUCCCAGCGGCGACAUCAACUGCAAGAAGAGUUCGCAGUAUCACUUCGUCAACGAGUACCUCUACAAACCAUUGAACUUGGCUGAAGCUGAGAAUAAGCCUAAUGUGACCUUGAGAUACAGCGAACGAUACUUCCCUGCAGAUAUUCAUCCCGACGAACGCGAUUCUGAUGAAUACGCUUCUGCGCCAGUUCGUCGUCCUGCGCCAGUAGUGUACUCUAGUCCUCAGCCAGCACUGAACAGCAUUCCUCCUUCAGCUCGUCCACAACCAACGGGUCUUCCGCAAUUCCGUUUACCGAUCAAUCAAGUUUUCCGUAGCCCUGAAGAAGUGAACAUACCUCUUCAACACAGACGCCCGCAACCUCAACAGCAUCAGGCUGUGAGAAGAUUCCCUCAAGUACGACCUGAUGAUGAGGAAUACGAGUGAAUUUGAUGCAUCGUUCAACAAUUAUUAUUAUCAUUCAUCGUCACCGUCAUCGUCGCGCUUCAAUCGUUAAUUAUGUCAUCGUAUACAUUCCGUGUUGAAAUUGCAAAUAAACGAUAAACAUAAUAGCUAUGUUUAUUGGAACGAAUUAUAAUUAUAUAAUUCUGUAGAUUAAUUAUAUUAUGUAAAUUAUUAUUCUCGUUCUCAUUUCU